AUGGCGUCGCCAAACGGCUCGAAUGGGCGAGCGAACUACGCGAUCAACUCUCAGUCUCAGUCGUGGAAUCCGCAGGCACUACUCAACCCUCGCGCAUACGCAUCUACUCCUGCUUCGAAGCGAAAUUCCCCCAAACCCCAGUCUCUAGCGACACGAUCUGCGCCAGGAAACCAAAGCAGCAGCGACAACAACAAUAACAGCGCCUUCGUCUUUCAAUUCGCGAGCCCGAAUGACACCCCGAGCGAGUCGUUAACACCCAGUAUGGCUUCAGGCGCGUCGACUCCCGGCCGCGACGGCCGUGUUUCGCCCUACGGGAUGGGCAACAUGAUUGAGCGAAUGAAUGAUGUCCAGGAUCGCGCUUCAGCGCCUCAGCCCAAGCGCAGGAAGUACGACACACCCGAAUCAGAUGCCGACAACAAGAAGACGAUGGGACCUGGUGGCAGCGGCAUGCUGGGCGCCUACGUCAAGGAAAAGCAGGAUGCAGGCAAGAAGGAGAACUCAAAGGUAUCCACGCACACCGUGGAUCUCACCGAGGGUGACGACGACGUGGUCAUGGUUGAAGACCCCGCAACGGAGGAGGUUUGCUACGGCAUGCUGACUGCCAACCUCGAUUGCCACAAGGUGCCGUCUGCGAAGCCAGGAACACAAAGUAUUUUUGGAGCGGAUUUCAUGCCCCCAGUCAAAAUCGUCUUGAAGAGAAUCAUUGGCGACUCGACGAAGAAGAUCCAGGCCUACGACUACACGCGCGAUAUCAUUGGAAACGUGGACGCACACACCGCUGGGGCCCUUGUUCCCUUGCUGGACUCCAACGUGCGUCUCAGAACCGACUGUAAGAUCCCCGCGCGUAGGAAGCAGGCGGAUGAAGAGCCGGGCAAGGCCAUCUCGAGGUCUUACCCCGUGGAGAUGACUCUUUACGGCCAAUACAGAUUCGCGAAGGCUGUUGGCAAGCACUUUGAGCGAGCUAAAAUCAUUCUGCGUCACCCUAACAGGGUUGACAAGGGCGUCAGAUACGAGAACGUUCAUGCCGAGUCGAAGCCCGUGCCAGCCCCUGGUGCCAGGAACCUGGCCGGAGCCCUUGCUCAGUACAACAGUCACUCAUCGUCGACCUACUACACCAACCCGACCCCUCGCACUGUUGAGGAGAUUCGGUCGGACGUCAUGGGCGUCUUUGACUCCAUGGGGAAGACGGAUGAGCUUCCUGAAAUGGACCCAUCGCCAAUCAUCACCACUGAACUGCUCAAGCAUCAGAAGCAAGGCCUUUUCUUCAUGGCAGCCAAAGAGAGGACUUCGAGCGCCGAGGAGAGAAUCAAGGGCUCGAUGUGGCAGCUCAAGAUCAGCCCCACUGGCCAGAAGUCCUACUACAACGUCAUCACGGGCCAGGCAGAACGACAGCUUCCCCCGGACACCCACGGUGGCCUGCUCGCUGACAUGAUGGGCCUGGGCAAGACACUCAGUGUCCUCUCGCUCAUUGCCAGCUCUAUGGACGAGGCUCAAGAAUGGGCACGUCGCACGCCUGUUCAGCCCGAAAUGCCACCCCAGAAGGCCGGGGGCAAAGCGACAGCCUCAAGCUCCUUGCCACUGACCGGCAUUGCCAUGAAUGCCAAGGCAACGCUUCUUGUAUGCCCCCUGAGUACCGUCACGAAUUGGGAGGAGCAGAUCAAGCAGCACAUCGCACCAGGACAGUUGAGCUAUUACAUUUACCACGGCUCGAACAGGAUCAAGGACGUUGAGAAGCUGGCCGAAUUCGAUUUGGUGAUCACCACCUACGGCUCUGUCUCGAGCGAGCUGGGCGCUCGCAGCAAGCGGAAGUCUGGCAAAUACCCGCUUGAGGAGAUUGGGUGGUUCCGCAUCGUUCUGGAUGAGGCUCACAUGAUCCGCGAAGUGGCGACGUUACAGUUCAAGGCAAUUGUUCGUCUGCAGGCUGCUCGCCGCUGGGCUGUUACCGGAACCCCCGUUCAAAAUCGUCUUGAAGACUUGGCCGCCCUUCUGCAGUUCAUCCGACUCAGACCCUUUGACGACCGAAACAAGUUCAACCGGUUCAUCGUGGAUCCAUUCAAAGCCUGUGACACGGAAAUUGUCCCCAAGCUCCGUGUUCUCGUGGAUAGCGUUACACUUCGACGCCUGAAGGACAAGAUCAAUCUUCCCCCGCGUAGCGAUCAUGUCGUCAAGCUUGAUUUCACUGCCGAAGAGCGUGAGGUUUACGACCUGUUCGAGAAGAAUGCUCAAGACCGUGUCAAGGUCCUCGCCGGAAACGGUGUGCAACGGGCGUUGGGAGGUCAUACGUAUAUCCACAUUCUCCGAUCGAUCCUGCGGCUUCGCCUCCUCUGUGCCCAUGGCAAGGACCUCUUGAACGAAGAAGACCUAGAGGCCUUGCAAGGCAUGACAGCUGACAUGGCUAUUGACCUUGACAGCGACGACGAGGACAAGAAGCCCGGUUUGUCGGACCGAAAGGCAUACGAAAUGUUCGAGCUUAUGCAAGAGACGAACACAGAUGGGUGCAGCGUCUGCUCCAAGAAGUUGGGGUCCAACGACGACGCUAGCAUCGAGUCGGAGGGACAAGAAGACAUUCUCGGCUACAUGACGCCCUGCUUUCAUAUCGUCUGCGGUGCCUGUAUCAAGGCUUUCAAGGAACAAAGCAGACAGUUGCUCGCUCCAGGCGAGGCCACGGGGCCCUGCCCGAUCUGUUCCACCGUUAUCAAACCCGCCUACGUUGACAUUCGUCGGUCCCGCGUCAAGGUCGAGCACGAGGGGCCUGCUAAGGACAAAACCUCCUCAAAUGGCCGCAAGAGCUUCGGCAAGUACUCGGGACCCCACACCAAGACCAGAGCUUUGGUUGAGGACCUCCUCAAGUCGAAGGCUGACAGCGACGCGAACCCGCAUGAGCCGCCGUACAAAUCCGUUGUGUUCUCCACGUGGACCUCGCAUCUCGAUUUGAUCCAAAUGGCUCUUGACAAUGUUGGCAUCAAGUAUGUCAGGCUUGAUGGCAGCAUGACGCGUGUCGCACGAACUCAGGCGAUGGACAACUUUCGUGAGGACAAUUCAGUGCAUGUCAUCCUGGUGUCCAUCACAGCUGGUGGUCUUGGCCUCAAUUUGACUGCAGGCAGCAACGUCUAUGUUAUGGAGCCCCAAUACAACCCCGCAGCAGAGGCUCAAGCCAUCGACCGAGUUCAUCGUCUGGGCCAGAAGCGACCCGUCCGCACAGUCCGCUACAUCAUGCGAAACAGCUUCGAGGAGAAGAUGCUCGAGCUACAGGAGAAGAAGAACAAGCUGGCGAGUCUCAGCAUGGAUAGGAAGGAUAGGGUCUUUGACAAGAGCGAGGCGGCCCGGCAGAGGCUGCAGGACCUCCGAAGCCUGUUCAAAUGA